AUGUCCAUACCUACAAUAAACUACAGUGUACCGCCGCCACGGUUAGAUAUGCCACCGCCAGUGGCAACAGUUCCAAUAGCGACGUCGAUGCCACCUCCGAUGUAUGGCCCUCCGCCUACGUUUAUGCCGCCGCCUAUUCCAUAUGCGGAGAAGCUCACACAGCCGGCGCCAUCUCCUUCGACUGCUUACGCCCCUGUGACAACUUAUACUCCAAUUAAUGUGCCCCCACCUAAUGCGGUCUAUCCCAUGAUGCCGAUAGAUAUGCAUUCGCCGCCGCCACCCUACUAUACACCACCAUAUGAUUAUAAUGGAUACAACUACAGCCAAACUAGACAAACACCAUCAUCCUCUAAAGACUGGCCAAACUCUCAAUCCUCCAGCAUAAGCUCUGGAAAACCUAAACCAUCAGGAUCUUAUUCCGAGAAGGAUGAGAGGAGUCGCAGAGAUUCUCAUGAUAGACUUGUUCGCAGUUCUUCAUCAAGGAGACGUUCUCCUGGCCAUGAUAGACACUAUGAUCGAGAACGAGAUAUGAGACAACGUAGUGAACGUCGAUACAGUCGUAGUCCAAGUCGUCAUAGCAGCUCAAGUAGUCAGCGUAGUCAUGUUUGUCGUAGUCCUUCUUACUCUAGUCACAGAGAACGAGAAAAGUCUUACAGGCAAAGGUUUGAUGAAAGGCGAGAGUAUGAGCGAAAAAGAUGUGAAUAUGAAAGACGUCACAGUCCAUCUCGUAGUAGAGACUACAGGAGUCAUAGUAGAGCUCAUGAUCCAAGAAAACUUAGAUCUCCAAGUAGGCAAAGUUUUAGAUCUCCAAGCAGAGAUUCUCGAAUGCGCAGCCGCACCCGUGAAAUGUCUCAUGUAUCACAACGAAGUAUCAGACAAGAACCUAAACCAUUAUCAGAUCGUGAGAAAAUUUUGGAAGAAUACAGGAAGAACUAUUGCAAAACUUCUGAAGAUUUCAUUGAGAAAAUGGAACAAUGGUCUAAAGAACACAACUCAGAUGAAGAGGAGGUAUCAAAGAUGUGGUUUAGAAGUUCUCCAGCAGAGUUGUACUAUAAGCCAGCAGAGGCAGGUUCUGGAGUCCAACAAACUGCUAAAUUGGAGAAGAUCUGUGAAACAUUCUACCAGCAGCUGAUUGAAAGAGGGCGGAAUGCUAGACCUGAAGUGGAUGAACUGCCACCUUUGAGACCUUCUAAAGUGGCCAUGUGCAAACAUAAAUCUGAAGAUGGAAGUUCUUCAUCUGAGAGUGAAGAUGAAUGUUUGGAUGAAGAUGGUCUUCAAGGCUACACUGAUAGGAUCAUGCUGGAGCUGCAGAGGAAGCAGAGUCACCCUAGGAGGCUACAUCCUGAGAUGUGGUUUAACAAUACUGGGGAAAUGAACGGCGGGCCACUAUGCCGCUGUAGCGCGCGUGCUCGACGUUACGGCAUGAGACACGGUGUCUAUGCUAGUGAAGAGGCCUUCCCCAAGUGUAUACCGACGCGGAGCAACAUUGACAAGCUGUAUCAUUACAGAAUAACAGUAUCACCACCAACAAACUUCUUGAUAAAGUCUCCAACGAUAAUAGCUCACGAUGAGCACGAGUUCUUAUUCUCCGGGUUUUCGAUGUUCUCUCACUAUAAGCUAGCAAAGUUACCUACGUGCAAAGUAAUAAGGUUCAAUAUCGAGUACACUAUCUUAUAUGUCGAGGAACCAGCGCCACAGAACUUUACUGUCAAGGAAUUGGACCUCUUUGAGGAAUUUUUAUUCUACGAGCUACUGGAGUUAGUAGAUUUAGACUUGGGUAAAGGUACUGACACAACUUGCUCGCAGUUUCACUUCAUGCCGAGAUUCGUACGAUAUUUACCCGAAGGUGGAUGUGAGGUUCUCUCAAUGUGUGAAGUGCUGAAGUAUUUGAUUGACGAAAGUGGUUUAUUGAUAGCACCCGAUACUUUAGAGGAGGUGCAUAGAAUGGACCACUACACUUGGCAAAAGUUUGUGGACAGGAUUAAAGGUAUGAUAGUGACAUACCCAGGCAAGAAGCCAUGUUCAGUCCGUGUGGAUCAGAUAGACCGGAGUCCACCAACCACAUCUGAGGACUCCAAUAAGCCCUACUAUCCGGAGAUAGUACAUUUUGGUAUUCGACCACCACAACUCAGUUAUGCUGGGAAUCCCGAAUACCAGAAAGCGUGGCGAUAUUACGUCAAGUACAGACACUUGAUCGCCAACAUGGCGAAACCAUCGUUCAAGGAGCGACAAAAGUUGGCCGCUAAAGAAGCCAAGCUGCAAGAGAUGAGGACCCAAAGUAAGAUGAAACGCGAUGUCACUGUCGCUAUAUCGUCUGAAGGGUUCCACACGACUGGUCUUAUGUGUGACGUUGUUCAGCACGCAAUGUUGAUCCCAGUACUAGUAAGACAUCUACGCUUCCACAAGUCGUUGGACAGCCUCGAGAAUAAAAUUGGAUACGUGUUCAAACAAAGGGCAUUGCUACAAACAGCUCUCACUCAUCCGUCGUACAGGGAGAACUUCGGAACGAACCCUGAUCAUGCAAGGAACAGUUUAACUAACUGUGGUAUACGACAACCUGAGUAUGGAGAUAGAAGGAUACAUUAUACUAGGAAGAAAGGUAUCGUGACCUUAAUAAACAUAAUGUCUCGGUUCGGCAAGCACAGUGAGACGGAGUCGGAUAUAAAACACAACGAACGAUUGGAGUUCCUCGGUGACGCAGUAGUGGAGUUCCUGUCCUCCAUACAUCUGUUCCGCAUGUUCCCCGGCUUGGCUGAAGGUGGACUCGCCACGUACAGAGCUUCUAUUGUACAGAAUCAGCAUCUAGCUCAAUUGGCUAAGAACAUAGAGCUGGAACAGUACAUGUUGUACGCGCACGGCUCGGACCUGUGCCGUGAGGUAGUGAUGCGACACGCUAUGGCAAACUGCUUCGAAGCUCUCAUGGGGGCAUUGUUCUUAGAUGCUGGGAUUGAUGUGGCAGACCGUGUUUUCGCUCUCGCUCUCUGGCACAACCAGCCCGACCUCCUCGACGUAUGGACCAAGGAGCGAGCGCAUCCACUGCAGGAACAGGAACCGCUCGGUGACCGCAAAUAUAUCAAGGACUUUGAGUUCCUACAGCGACUUGUUAAUUUCGAGAAUUCUAUCGGCGUCCAAUUCAAGCACAUCCGUCUGCUAGCCCGAGCGUUUACGGACCGGUCCGUAGGGUUCACGCAUUUAACGCUCGGCUCCAACCAACGACUCGAGUUCCUUGGCGACACAGUGCUACAACUAGUCGUGUCUGAUAGACUCUAUCGACACUUCCCUGACCACCAUGAAGGACAUCUCUCUUUGCUUCGUUCAUCGUUAGUAAACAACCGCACGCAGUCGAUGGUGUGCGACGACCUGGACAUGUCCUCGUACGCGAUAUACAACAACCCCAAAGCUAAACCCACCACCAAGAAACACAAGGCUGACCUGCUUGAAGCUUUCCUCGGAGCUCUGUAUAUUGAUAAGAACUUAGACUACUGCCAGGCUUUCUGCAACGCGUGCUUGUUCCCGCGUCUACAAGAAUUCAUCAUGAACCAGGAUUGGAACGACCCAAAGUCUAAAUUACAACAAUGUUGUCUCACUCUACGGUCUAUGGAGGGCGGAGAACCUGACAUCCCCGUAUACAAGGUGAUCGAGUGUCUAGGUCCAACGAAUACGCGCGUCUACACAGUAGGCGUAUACUUCCGAGGACAGAGGCUGGCCGCCGCGCGGGGACACUCCAUACAAGAGGCGGAGAUGAAUGCCGCCGAGAAGGCACUGAGCUGUGCUCAUGAACUAUUCCCGCAACUAGACCAUCAGAAACGAGUUAUAGCAAAGAGUCUACGUAAGAAGAAGAAGCGUGCAAAUGGUAACAAUAAUAGCCCACAAGACGGGACAGCGGUCAAGAACCCGAAAUUCGACGACAAAGUACCAAAAGCUUAUAGACUUGAUACUCAGUACGAGAGUUCUGAAGAAAGCAACCCAGCUAUGUCUGAAGAAGAAGCCGUACCAGCUGAUAAAUCUAAUGAAGAUUCUGGACUAGACAGUGACUCUUCAUUGCCGCAAGACAAACUUGAUCAAGUACAAGUAAGCAGUCUGUUAAGUGACAUGCAGAAAAUUAAAGAAGAUUUGAUCAGACGCAACGAGUAUGAAAAGUUGAAGGAAAAAUGCCGCCGAUCUGAUUCUGAUGAUGAUUAA